CACGAGGUGUAACAAACACACGUGAUUCUUUACAUAAAUACCCGGAAGAUUUCGUAUAUCGGUAAACCUUAAACAGAAUCUCGGAAAUGCAGUCUCUCAUUCUGUCGAUUGUCGGGCUCUCUGUCCUCUGUCAUCUGUCGUGGGCCCGGGGGUGCUGCGUCCCUAAACAGUGGACCGGGGACAUGGGCUUUAUGGUAGGCACCAACAGGAACGGCAAGGCUGGAUACCAGGCGGGAAUGGUGAAAAUUUUCUAUGAUGCAAGGAACGGAAAAUUUGCAGAAUUCUCAAAGGGGGUAGUUGAUGGACGACCAUUUGAGGGUGGAGUGAUCAUGGAUUUUGAAACAGGAGUUCAGUACACGUUCAUGGAUGGACAUUGUAACACUACCCGACUGAGUCAAAAGGAAUUCAAGGAGGCCUGCAUUCCAGAGGAAGCCAAGGCAGUCAGUGAUACACACAUGGGGACAGCUGAUGACAGCCUGGAUGUCACCGUGUACCAGAUGGCCCGCAAACGCAUCGGAGGGAACAGCUACUUCACCAUCACUAACAAGCUGUGUGUCCCUGUGGGGGAGACCAUCACUGGGACCCUCCCCAUGAGUGGUAUGGGGUAUAUGUCCACCGUUGGGUACACAGGGAUUGAACCAGGAAUUAAAGACCCCAGGGUCUUUGACAAACCCAGGAUAUGCAGCAGCCAAGUAGAAGAGGGCUUUGUGGAUCUUUACCUGAAGUUUGGAUUUCUGAACCACGAAAUGUCCAGUAUUUUCUAAUCAUAAAUGAAAACUAUACCAUAUAUCCAGGAUGAAAUCUCAUCACUUCCGUGAAACUUUAAAUUUUGUGAUCUGCACUUUUUUGUAUUGACAAUGUUCUUGUAACUUUAAUAUCUGAUCAUUCCUUCUAAAUCCUUUUUGAUUUGCAUUCAUACUUAGUCAUAAUAUCUGAAGCCUUCUGGCGUUGAGUUGAUGCUUCAAUCUGUACAAUUUCUUUAGAGAAGAGGGGGCUUGUUUACCUCAUUGUUUUGUGUGUUUUUUCUAAUGGAAAAGUUUAACGUACUAGAAUGUGUACUUUUUUUAAAGUCUUUUCUGAAUAAAAUUAACCAAAACU